UAAAUCUUUACAGCAUAUACCUCAACAACGGUAGACAUGUAUUUGAAACAGACCGUCGUCAUAAUUGUCGUUUUGACGUUAUUUCAAAAAAUAUGUGAAGCGGUCACUCUGACCCAAGUCAACACACAAUCGUGCUUUACAACAGAAAAAGAAAUUAAAUCAUUACAGGAUAUUAAAAAUGUGAUUGGCGAAUUGAAAAAACUGGCUGGAUACAUUUAUAGACAGCCUCCGGGCGAAACCGUAGUUCUGGACAAGAUACAUAUGGGAAUUGUGUUUUCCGCGAAGCAGGCAAUUUGGGAGUUACAUGCAGUUUAUCGUAAUACUGAAUGUAUACUUGCAGAUCAACUGAAGACACUUUCGGAGAAAUUAAAAAUAUUAAGGAAAGGAUUUAAUGCCGGAAAUGCAGAUACUUUGGUGAUACAGAUUGAGGUUUUGCAAUUAACGGUUUCGAAAAUAAUAGAAAUUAAAGAUGAGUCGAGGGCGUCUGACAUAAUGAAAUCAAUAAAAUAUAAUCGUACCACUUAUAUAAGCCACGAUGAGAUGACCGAUAUACUGAAGGAUUUGGUAGAGGAAUACCCUUCCCAGAUGUCCAUGUAUUC